CUUCUUGAAUCGAUUACUGCAGUGAUCAACAAACUCCCAAUUAUCUUGGAAAAUCUGUCAACUGUUGAUCCAGUAAAAUCAGUAUAAAGAUAGAUUCGAGUCCGGCACUUGAUGACGACAGAAGUAGAGCUACUCAAUGAGCCUAAAAAGCAGGAAUUUCAAUUAUAUAGCAGGAGAUUCCUUGUUGCCUUUAGCGUCUUUUUAGGCAAUUUGUCAAAUAGUGCUCUUUGGACUACAUAUUCUGCUGUUACGCCGUCUGCGUCAGAGUACUAUGGAGCAUCUUCAUUCAUGAUCAAUAUUCUUGCAUUGGUCUUUUUAAUCUUAUACAUUCCUCUGUCACCAGUUGCCAGUUGGUGUCUAGAUGUCAAGGGACUGAGAAUAAGUAUUAUAUUAGGAUGUUGGCUCACGGCUGUUGGUGCUGGAGUGCGCUGGGCUGGAUGUUACUUGGAAUCUCCGACUUCUAGAUAUGCUAUUACUUUACUCGGUCAAUGCUUGGCAUCUAUUGCUCAACCUUUUCUUCUAGAUGCACCGUCGGUUGUAACUGCUUAUUGGUUUGGUGAAAAGGAACGCACAACUACCAACACAGUCAUUUCCUUGGGACAACCCAUUGGAUCUGCCAUUUUACUACUCGUGGGUCCAUCUAUUAUUGGGACGAAUCCUGCAAAUUUUGCUACACUCAACCUGGUUGUAUUUAUAUUGGCUGGUGUAUGCGCUCUUCCUUCACUGUGGAUAUUAGAUCGGCCGCCUACUGCACCGACAUUUUCUGCUCAAGUUACACAUGUUCCCUUUAAACAAGGUGUUUUUCAACUUUUCAAGAUCAAGGCUUAUGUGAUUCUUUGGAUUGUGUUUGGGACUUUUCUUGGUAUUUUCAAUACGUUUGUCACGCUUAUUUCCGACUAUGUUGUACCGUUUGGAUACACUCAAGAUCAGGCAGGAAACCUUGGUGUGAUUGCUAUUGGUGUUGGACUUGUAAAUGCUGGUAUUAUUGGUGUUGUGCUUGAUCGAACUCAUGGUCAUGCCAUUGCUGUUAAAAUCUGCUGUCUGAUUGUCACUCUUGGUACGAUUGUCUUUCUCUUGGGCAUGAAAUCCAGUAAUCAGUAUAGUGUGUUGGCCAUUGCGUCUGCCAUGUUUGGUAUGGGUGGAUUUCCACUUAUUCCUGUUGUUCUUGAAGCAGCCGUGGAAGUCACUUUUCCAAUUUCUCCAGGAACAUCAGCUGGUUUUCUCAUGUGGGGUGGUCAGAUCUUUGGCAUUAUAUUGCUUCUAAUCUCUAAUGCAGUUAGAGGAAGCGAUGGGAAUCUAUACUAUGGCAUGGUCUUGAUGAUUACAUGUAGUGCUGCAUGUUUAGUUGUAUCGUUCUUUUUUCAAAGUGACAAUCGACGAAACCGAGCUGAUCAGACAUCGUUUUUUGCAGAGCAGACUACGCUAUCAGACGUUUCUAUUAGGGUUUCACCCGAGUAAUUCAAGUAAAUUGUUUAUAGUAAA